AUGAUAAAUCAAGAUAUAAAAAUAAAAGAUAAAGAAAUGGUUAGGACAUAUAAUUUAUUAGGAAAGAAUUAUCAUUUUAUGUUAAAGGAAUAUGACAAUUUAUGUAGUAUAAAUAUAAUAAAAAAUAAUAUAAUAAAUUUUAGAAUAGUAAAAAAUUUAUUAGCAAUAAAUAAUUUAAUAGAUCAAGUUGAUAAAUCGUUAUUGUUAAAUAUAUUUGAAGAAAAUGUAAAUAAUGAUUUAUUAUUGGUAUUGUCAAAAAACAAUUCUAAUUUCAUAUUAAAAUUGUUAGCUAUAUUUUAUAUAAAACUUAGUAAGAAUACAAAAUUUAAUAUUACUAAUCAUUUUUAUAGAAUAUUUGAUUUAAAUAAAAAUACAAAUAAUACAUCGGGUGAAUUGAAAAAUAUCCCAGAAAAUUUAUUUAAAAAUGCUAUUAUAUUAAUUUCAUUGAUUUUGUAUCAUCUACCCAUAAGAUUAUCUUAUCACAUCCCAACCAUAAUAGACUACUCAAAAAAGAUUCGAAAAUCUGAUAACCUAGAACUAAAAUAUUUUUAUCAAAAGUGCAUCAAUUCUAUAAUAAAAUACGGUAAACUAAAUAUAUCGGAGUGUGAUAAAAUUUUCAAAUAUUUAAAAAAAAGUUUGAAUGAUAAAGAUUUUUUCAUUCAGUAUAUUGCAUUGAAAUGUUUAUCAAAUUUGUUUAUUUUACAUCCAGAAUAUUCUCUGUUAGAAUAUGAAUACUUUAUAAAUCAUAUAAUAGAUAAUAUAAAUAUAAAUAAUUAUGUGAGUGUUGUAUAUUUGAAAUAUGUUAUAAGAUUUGUUAGCAUAAUAUUUUGCAACUGUGCAAAUGUGAAUUAUUAUAAUAGUAAAGAUAAUGAUGGAACUAAUAAAAAACAUAUAGAUGAUAUUUUUUUAUUUAAUUUAAAUAUUAUGAAGAAAAAAAAAAAGAAAUACUCUGAUGAGGAUAUUAGAGAUGAAGAUUAUAUUGAUGAGAAAAAGAAAUCAUAUAAUGAUAAUAAUAAUAAUAAUAAUAAUGUAAAAAGUGAUAUCAUCGAAGAUAAUUUUAAUAAUAAUAUUAAUAACAAUAUUAAUUAUAAUAAUCAUAAUAAUAAUCAUGAAGAAAUAAAAAAGAAACAUCACUUUUUCUCGGAUCUAUUAAAAACAGCAACGGAAGAACUUGUGUCAAAAAUUAGUAAAAUAAAAACUGAUGAAAAAGGAGGUGAUGUAGAAGGUUAUAUGAAAGUUGAAAGUAUUGAUGGUUUCCUAUUUCAGAAUUAUAAUGAAUAUAAUAAGAAAAUAUUAAGAAAAAUGAAAAAUGUUUUAUUUAUUUAUAAUUUUAAUUCAUUUUUAAGUUAUUUUAAAAACAUAUUAUUAAAUAUAUUUUCAGAUGUUCAUCAUGAUUAUAAUGAAUUGAAAAAGUUACAUUUUUUAAAUAUUUUAGAAAAAUAUAAUUAUUAUAAGAAAGAAUCUCAUCCUUUUUUGGAUAAACAUGAUUAUUCAUCAUAUGUGAAUAAAAAAUCUUAUGAUAAAAAAUUUGAAUUUUUAAGAAAUCCAACAAAUGCAAAUAUAAUAAAUUUAACAUACAAUAAAGAAACAAAUGAUUAUAUUAAUAUAAUAUUAGAAUAUGAAAAUAAAUUAAUGAGAGAAAAAGAAUUUUGGUUAUAUAGCGAAUUAGUACCAUUAACUGUAGAAGAUAAGAACGCUAACAAAUUUUAUACUACUUUAAUAAGAAAUACAUUAUUAAAAGUUAUAUUUUUUGAAUCAUUUAAAAAAUGUAUUUUAUUUUCAAAAAAGUUUAGUGCUAAAUCUAUUAUUAAAAUUAUUGAAUUUUUUAUAUAUAUCUUAGAAUUUUUAUGUUCAUCUUGUGUGAAGAAUAGAAAUAUUGGAGGGGUCUUUUAUACUGAUAACAUAUCAAAUAGUUUUGAGAUAAAGUAUUGUAUAUUCUAUUUUACCAAAAUAAUUAAACAAUUAAUUAAGCACAGGAAAAAGGAUACCUACACAGUUGUGAAGGAGAAAGAAAAUAAGGCAAGGUUUGAAGAACUGAAUAAGAUGUAUCCACCUCUUCAAGAGACCAUAAAUGAAAAUAAUGAUAUAAAUAAUGAUGAUAAUAUUGACAGUAAUGAUGAUGAUAAUAUUGACAGUAAUGACGAUGAUAAUAUUGACAGUAAUGAUGAUGAUAAUAUUGACAAUAAUGAUGAUGAUAAUAAUGAUAAUAAUGUCAAUAAUGAUAAUAAUGUCAAUAAUGAUAAUAAUGUCAAUAAUGAUAAUAAUGUCAAUAAUCAUAAUAAUGACAAUUAUGACAAUAUUGAUAAAAUUUGUGAUGAAAAAAAUAACAUAAAGGGUAAAGAUAAAAUGGAUCAUAUUCAUAAUUCUAGUGAUUCACAUAUAUCAAAGGAUCAACAAAAUCAUUCCCAUUCAUCUUGUGAAAGUGAGGAAAACCUAUCCCGACAAAACAGCCAACUUUCCAGCACAAAUAUUACGAACGAUACACAUAUAAAAGAAGGGGAGGAAAAAAAUGAACAUAUAUAUGAAAAACAUUCGAAAGGUAAUAAAACAAAUAUUAGUGAACAUACAGAUAAUAAUAAUAUGAAAGAUGCUAAUAAAAGAAAAAAAAAAAAGAAUCAUCCAAAUGCUAAAUCUUCAAGUAGCAAAACAAAAUAUAAUAAUUUUUUUGGAGAUUAUAAUUCAUUUUUGGGUAUCAUGCCAUUUUAUAAUAAAGAGGAAAAAAAAGGAAAAAUAAAUAAAGAGGAAAAAAAAGGAAAUAUUCAUAAAGAGGAAAAAAAAAAUAAAACACUUAAGAAAAGUAAAUCUAAUAAAAGUAGUGAUAAAAAUUAUGAUAAGAACACAUAUGAACAACCUAAUAAUAAUACAUAUUGUGAAGAAAGACAUAUUAGAAUAUUUCUAGAAAAUAAUGUGAAGAAAUAUCUAAAUCUAAAUAAUGACACCAAUUUGGAUAUCAAUGAAAAAAAAAAAAAUGACAUAAUUUUAAAAGCGUUAAUGAACUUAUAUAAUAAAAUUAUAAUGAAUCAUAAUAUAAAUGUAGAGAAAUAUGAAAAAUAUGAAAGAUUUCUGAAACUUAUCAUAAAUAAUAUGAAUGGUAUAUAUAUUGAUAUAGAUUUAUUAAAACAUAUUAUACAAUUAUUUUUAAAAGUAUAUUUAAAAUUUCCAUGUUAUAUUUAUAAUUUAAUAACAUUAUUAGUAAAUUAUAUUACUAUAAUUAAUGCAAAUUUUAUGACUUCCUUAACAUUAAAUACAUUUGACCAUAUAGAAAAGCAAGUAAGUAUAUUAAUUAUAAGUUCUAUAUCAUUAAAUAAAAUAUUAUAUUUCUCUUUCCAACAUUACAAAAUAUAUCACUUAAAUAAUUUAAUAUAUUGUAUAUUUGAUAUAUGUAAGUUAUUUUUAUCAAAAGUACAAACUCAUCCCUUAAAAACUAUUAACGAAUUAAGAAGAAUAAUAUCUUUUUUCUUAAUAUAUUCUAUAGUCUUUUCAAUAGUUUACGAAGUUAAAAAUAAUGUAUGUUAUACAUACCAAGAUAAUAAAAUGUUGGCCAUUAUAGAUGAAGGUGCAGGUGUAGAUAAAAAUAUAGAUAUAAACAUAUCCUUUAACAAUAUGAUAAUUUAUGAAAAGAUGAAAAAUUAUUUUAUUAAUUAUGAAAUAUUAUAUAAUAAUAGCCUUUUUAAAUUAAUACAAGAUAUACUUAAUGUAAUGAUCAAUGAAAUUGAUGAAGAAAAAAUCCAUUAUUUCAUUUUAUCAUAUGAAGAACAGUUGAGUAAGAAAAAAAUGAAUUCUCAUAACUUUUUUAUAGUAGACAAUAUGUUUAUUUUUAUAUAUAUAUUAAAGAAUAUUUAUGUUAUGUUAUCAUCCCAUAUGUUAACAUUUCUGUUCUUUGAUUACAUUUACAAUAUUGUAAGUAUUCUAUUCAAUUUUUUUACAAAAAUAAAUGAAAUAAGAAUAAAAUAUAAUAGUAAGAUGAAUAAGUCGUUAAGUAACAAUAAACAGAACCUAGUUGAUAAUGAAAAAAAUAAUAAUGAAAUUAAUAAUGAAAAUAAUAAUAUUUUUACUUUGGAAGAUUUAAAAAAACAUAACCAGAUAAAGAAAAAAAUUUCAAGAGAACAAAAAAAACGUUCAAAAAAAAAAAAGACAGUUACUACUAAUGCCUUCAAAAAAAAGAUUACCCAUUUUUAUUUUUAUGAACAUGGUUUCACACAAAUAUGUAGAUCAAUAAAUAUAGAAAAUAUUUUAUUACUUUUUUUAAUAUAUAUGGUAAAAGUAUUUUAUAGAAUUAAUAAAUUUAUUUUAUUCAUAAAUAAAUCAUAUCAUAUGAAUGAGGAUGAAAAAAUGAAUCAAGUCUCACUAAGUUAUAAUCAAUCAGAAAAUGAUAACAAAUUUAUUGAACCUAAUAAUAAAAGUAAUAAUAUUACGUUAGAGGAAUGUAAUAAGUAUAAAAUGUUUUUAAAAAAGGAAAAUACACAGAAUAACAUGAAUAAAUUAUUUAACAUACUAGACGCUUUCACAAAUGUAAAUACAAAUGAUGAAUUAUAUUUUGAUUUUUUUAUGUCUGUUCUUAUUAAUUUUGUUAAUAAUAAAAAUAAUUUCGAUGAUUUGAUAAUAAAUACGUUAAUAAAAGAAAAAUGUGUAAGUAAGUCUAGAGAAAAAUAUUAUGCCAAAAAAAAAAAAGAGGAUAAAAAUAAAUAUAUAUGGGGAUAUUCAAAAGAAUUAGAAAUAUUACAUAUGUUAACUAAUGAUUAUGAUAUAUAUUAUGACAUAGCCUUGAUCAGUUUUGUAUAUCUAUUUGAAUUAUAUUUAAAAAAGAAAAAAAUAGAAAAUAAUACUAAAAAUAAAAAACAUAAACACGUAUAUAUUUAUUUUAAUAAAGUUAUGAAAUAUAUUUAUAGUUGGGAUAUAAAUAAAAAGGAAAAUAAAAAUAUAUUAAUAUUAUGUUUAUUCAUAUUAGAUAAUUUUUUUAACAAAAAAUGUUUUUAUAAAAAUAACAUGAAAUCAAAGUUUUUUAAAAGCAUCAUGCCAUUAUUUAAUUUAUUAAAUGAUAAUUUUAAUCAGCAAAAAUAUUAUCUCAUAAAUUUCUUAAUCAUAAAAAUAUUAACAUAUUUUAUUGGAUGUAAUGAAAAUAUUGAUACAUAUAUAUUUAGCUAUAUUAUGAAAUUAUAUGAAACGUAUUCUUCUUAUAUUAUUAAAGAAAAAAAUACAGAUUUAUAUAUAUUCAUUUCCAUAUUAAUAAAAAAUGUAACAUUGUCAUAUCAUAAAUUGAAAUAUACAAAUUGUUUUAAUAGAAAGAAAUAUCUUAAAAAAAUUAAGAAAAAAAAAUUAAAUUAUUUCCCAGGUUCUCAUAAUAUUAUUAGUAAUAAAUUAAGAAAUGAGCAUUAUAAUUUGGAAAAUGUAGAUAACGAAGUAAAAAAGAUUUGUUGGAAGUGUCAAGACAAUGAAAAAUAUGACUAUAUAAAUAAUUCACAGAAAUAUGAUAGUCUCUUAUUAUCGAUGGAAUGUAUAACUACAUAUUCAAAUAAGAUAUAUAGUAGUGUGAAUAAAAAAAAAUUAACAAAUAAGGAACACCAUUCAAUACAUUCGAAUGAACAAAUAGUAGAAUUAAAUUCAAAGGUUCGUAAAGGAAGUACAUCAAAUAUUAAUAUGAUAGGAAAUUUAUCACCACAAACAUAUAUAAAAAAAACAAAAGAUGAAAUACUCCAUCUAUUUGAUCUUUAUGGAGACAUCCUAAAGGUAAUUCCACAUAAUAAAGAUAUUUUUAUAAGAGUUUUAAAAAAUUUUAAUUCCAUAAUAAAAAGAAUGAAGAAUCAUAUUAAUGUUGUUCGAGUUGAAAAAUGUUUAGAUAUUGUAUGUGCAUAUAUUUUAAAGAGAGAAAAUGUUAACUCUUUUAACUUUAGAAUUACAAGAGGUAAGUAUAUUAUAAGAUUAUAUAAUAAUAUAUUGAAUAUAUUGAAGAGGAUAAAACAUGAAAAUGGAUAUAAAAAUAAAAUGAAAAAUAAUUAUAAUAUAAAUCAUCAACAUCAUCAUGGUGAUCACAAGCAUAAUAAUCAUCGUAACCAUGAAUAUCAUAAUUAUCAAGGUACAAAUAUAUCCAAAGAAAUUGAUAAGAAAUUAUUGUGUAUAUUGGAAAUUUUUUUAAUUUCAUAUGAAAAAAAAAUUAACCAUAAUAUUUUUAAGACAUUCAAUCUUUUAUUCGAUGUAAUAGAUAAAAUAGAAUUAGAAACAUAUACGUAUGCGAUAUCAGCAAUUAUACAGAAGAGUAUAUUCUUUGGAAAUAUGAGAAUAAUGGAAUAUGCAAUUAUAUGUUUAUAUAACUUGUUUAGGAAAAAUGUCAUUAUACCGUUGCAUGAAAAUUUUGAUUACUACCUUUUAAUAAUUCAUAAUUUUUAUAAUAAUAAUAAUAAUAUAUUAUAUAAUAAUAUAAAAGCUUUAUUAAAAUGCAGAAUAUGUAUAUAUGGAAUUUUUAAUAUAAAUCAAUGGGUUAAAUUAUUUGAAAAUGUUUUAAGUGUAAAAAAUAUUUUUAUAUAUGACAUAAUAAAAUUUAAAUCAAAGGGCUCGUUUUCUAAGUUUGAUUGUAAGAAUAGUGUAAAGAAAUAUAAUGAUCAAAAUUAUGUGAAGGAAAAUAACUUAUUAACAAAUGAUACAGCGUAUAUUGAAAAUAAUAAUAAUAUUAAUAGUAAAUGUAAUAAUAAUAAUAAUAAUAGUAAUAGAAGUAGUAGUACGUGUUGCGGGUUUACUUUUUACACGUCUUUAUUUGAUGAACAUUAUAAUUUUAAUAUUCAUAUAAAUUUAAAUAAAGAAAAAAUUGCACAAAAUAGUUGUAUGAAAAAUAAUAAGUCAAAAUAUAUUUUUAACCUUUUUAAAAUGAGGAAAAACGAUAUUAUUUUUUCUGACAACACUAAACAUUUAGUUAUGAGUUUGUUGUACUUUUUUUUGAAAAGAAUAAGUGUAUCGUCUCAUAUUUAUGUUCAUAAUGAUUCCUAUUUCUCUAAUUAUAUGAAAAAAGUAUUGAGAGAUCGUACUAUUUUAAAAGUAGAACGAAAAUUGGGUAGAAAUAAAUAUGGAAACGUAAAGAAAAUUGAUAGUCUUAAUAUAAAGAAUAUAAAAGAUAAGCAACAUAGUAAUACAUAUAAUGAUAAUAAUUUAUAUAGUAGCUUAAAUUCAGAAGAGAUGGAUAAAAAUUAUCAUCAUAGCAAUGAAAAUGUUAUACAAAAAAUAAAUUAUAUUGAACUUAUAUUAAUAGAUAAUAGUAAUACUGAUGAUUAUAAUAGUGUAUAUAAUAAGAAUACUCUAAUUGAUGAAACAAAUUUUACAAAAAUUAAUUUGGAGUAUAUAUUAGAUAAUUGUACAUUAUAUACAAAUUUCGAAUUAUUAUUAAAAAUAAUUCUAAAUAAUAUAAAUUAUGGAAUAAAACAUUAUAGGUUAUCAAGAUUAGCUAUAAAAAUAUUGAUUGUAUAUUUAAAUAUAUUUAAGUCAUCAAAAAUUAUAAUCGAUGAAUUUUCAUGUGCAAAUAAUGAAAUAAAAUUACUUACGAAUUAUGAAAUAAAUAUAUUUACGUCUUUAAAAAUGUAUUAUGAAUCUUUUAAUUUUAUGUAUUUAAAUAAUAAAAAAGACAAUUCAUUAUCUCAUACUAAUUAUAAUAAUAAUAAUAAUAAUAAUAAUAGUAGUAGUAGUAAUUUUAAUAUUAAUUAUUACCAUCCAGGUAACCAUAAUAAUAAUAAUAAUAAUAUUAAUAAUAAUCAUAAUGAUAAUCAUAAUAGUAUUAAUAAUAUUAUUACAAACAAUAUUUAUGGGGAAAAAAAAGAACAGCUACAAUUUUCACAUUUUUUUCUAUACCCACUUAUGGACAUAUAUAAUUUAUUUCUAUUCUUAAAUGAUAUAAAAUUAUGUAACUCACAUAAUAAAUUUGUGGAAUAUUUUUUCUAUUUUGCCAUAAAAAAACCCAAUGAUUAUCUUAAAAAAAAACAAUGUAUAGAUAUGCAACAUUCUGGAAAUGAUAAAUUAGAGCAUGAUAAAAAUGAUCAUAUGAAUAAAACAAAUAGUAUAUAUAAAAAUUUUAAGGAUGUAGAAGAAACGGAAGAUAAACAACGUUUUUUAAUUAACUCAUCUUUAUUUUUCUCAGAAUUUGAUUCUUGUGUUUAUUUUCUUUUUACUUAUAAAUCAUUCUGUUACUAUAUUAUAAAUAAUGAGAAAUGUCAAAAUAACCUAUCUCAAUAUAAUUUAGCGUUUAUUAUAAGAAAUAUAAAUUAUAUAUUAUUUGAUUCAAUAAUAUUAUAUUUAUGGUCUUUUGAUUAUAAUAAACAAAAUGAUGAUAAAGAUAUAGUAAACUAUAAUAAUCAUAUGCAUAAAUUCUUUACUUGUGUAAAUGAAAAAUCAAGAUCUUUAUCAAUAUUUUAUUUUAACGCCUUUCCUGUAUUUAUACAAUUUUUAAAUAUUGUCAAAUCAUUUGUUACAUUAAAUAAAAGAAAUUAUUUACUUUUUAAAAUACUUAUUUCUUUUCUGUGUUAUCAUAUAAGGCAAUAUCAUGACAUGUUGAAAGAAGAAACCAAAGAAAUAUAUUUGAAAUUUAUUUAUAAUUAUUUAAUUCUUAUUGAAUUUUCAUAUGACUAUGAUAUGGAACAAACAGAAGAACAACAAAAAAAUCAAAAAGGCGAAAUGAUUAAUCAAAAUGAUACUAAAAAUAACAAUGAUGAAAAGGAUGAAAACAGCUCAAAUGAAAAAAAAGACCUCAAUAUUUGUCCUAAAUCUACAAUUGAUAAUACACCGAAUAAAAUUAAAAAACUAGAAUUUUUUAAAAUUGUGUUAGAUUAUAUAUUAACCUAUUUAGUAAAUUUUAUAAAUAUUAAAAAUGUUGCAAAUAUAUUGGAAGUGAUGCAAACAGCUCAUGACAAUUUAUUCAUAAUGGAAGGAAAUGAAAUAGAUGAUAAUAUGUUAUGCAAUAUGUUCACGUUAAAUAUUUAUAUUAUUAAUAAAUUUUUAAAUACUAAUUAUAAAAAUGAAAAAGAUGUUAUAAUACUUUUAUUAUGGAAAUCGUUUUUAAACUCAUUUAUGCUUUUGGAAAAAAUGAAUGAUUUAGAAAUCAAAGAAAAUGUAAAGAACUUAUUAAUAUAUUUAUUUUUAAAAAAAAUGAAUUUGUUAAAUGACGAAAAAUUAUCAAGUAAAUUACUUAAAUAUGCCUUUCAGUACUCAUCUAUAUAUGAUUUGAAUAAUUAUUUAAAACAAAUGAAAAAUGAAGAAAAAGAACAAAUAAUAACUAUUCUUUUUACAAAAGAUUUAUAUAAGUUAAAAUUAUUUUAUAUUAAAAUAAUCGUAUUUAUACAUUAUGUUAAUGCUUGUGAAAAUACAUUAGAUGGAGAUACCCAGAGUUAUUUUAGUCAAGAAAUUCUACAAAUAUUUAUAAAUUUUACAAGAAAAUUGAAGACAAUAUAUAUAUAUAAUAAUGAUAUUCAUAUUAAACAUGAAGACAAAAAUUUAAGAAGACAAAUGAUUAAUUCUUCCAUAAAUAUUAUACAAAAUAUAUUUACAUUAAUAAAAGAAAAAGACGAAUCCCUUAUAUUUUAUUUUUUUUAUAAUUUGAUGAAUCAAGAAAAUAUGCUUAUACCUUUAAUUACUACAAAGAUAUCAAUGAAAAAUUCUUUAGAAUAUUAUACGUUCUUAUCGGCACACUCAUAUUUACAAGAUAUUGUUUGUUAUUCUAUUAAAAUAGUAGGUAUUUUUUUUGAAACAUUUUUACAUAAGGUGCAUUUAUUAAAAAAAGUGUUCAUAGUCUUUGUUACGUAUAUUUAUAAAAUGAUUUCAUUAUGUGAUAAAGGUAAUAUUACAAUAACAAAAAGUUUCUUAGUAUAUCCACAAGAAAAAGAAGAAAGAAAAAUAACAAAGUUCUUAAAAGAGACAGAUUAUUGUUCUACAUAUAUAUUUGAUAAUCCUGACAAGUUUGAAAUAACAAGCAAUAAUAAUAUGACUAUAUAUUUUAAAGAAGUAAUAGAAAUUUUUAGAAAUAUGGCGUUUAAGAAUUCUAAUCUAUUUAAAGAAAUGAUUCUUAAUAUAGGUGCCGAAGAAAAAAUAUUGAUAUAUACCUUAAUGAAGGAAUCGAUAGAUACAGAAAAGCAAAAUGAGGAACAAAAUGAAGAGAAUACUGAAAAAUUGGAUUUCAGUUUUGUUAAUUGA